AUUUCCACACAAGAUGUCGCUGUAGACCGUGAGUUGGAGUUAUUGGCACAAUAUUAAUACUCCGCCUAAAGCAGAACAGGACAACAGAGCGUCACAUACUUCUGACUUCAGCAGGCCUCGAGUAUUUUCCGUUUUAUUUCAGACAUUGGAUUAAAUAAAAGCACUCUUUCGACUUAUUUUUUUGAAUAUCCAGUAAAAAGAAGUGAUGGCUGUAUCGGAAAAUGCUCGCCCUGCCUGGAUGAAGGCUCUGCUGCUGCUUUGUUUAUGGGAUUUGUGUUACGGUCAGAUUUCCUACACGGUUUCAGAGGAGGCCAAGAAGGGAGCCGUUGUUGGAAAUCUAGCGAAGGAUCUCAAUCUCAGUGUACAGGAACUGGAAUCUCGCAUGUUUCAGCUUGUGACUGGAUCUAACGCCAAGUAUUUCGAGGUAAAUCGGAAAACCGGAAUUUUAUUAGUUAAUGACAGAAUAGACCGAGAGGAGCUGUGUGAAAGCAAACAGAAAUGCGUACUGAAUGUCGAAGCGAUGAUCCACAAUCCUCACAAGCUCUACCGUCUUGAAAUUAAUAUACUAGACAUUAAUGAUAACUCUCCGGUGUUUCCUCGUCAAUCAGUUGCUUUGAAUAUUACUGAAAAUAUGCUUCCUGGAGAUCGUUUUUCAGUACCCACGGCGCGUGACAUGGACAUCGGUAGUAAUUCAGUGAAAACUUAUAAAAUAAAUUCUAAUGAAUAUUUUGCACUGGACAUGCAGAGUGAUUCGGCUGAGCUCGUGCUUCAGAAAUCUCUGGACCGAGAGAGAGAAUCGGUGAUCAAGCUCGUGUUGACUGCUGUAGACGGCGGGACUCCUCCCAGAUCUGGAACUAUGCAGAUAGUUAUCAAUGUGCUGGAUAUAAACGACAACAGCCCUGUUUUUACGAAGCCUCUUUACAAAGUAAAGGUCCAUGAGAAUGUAGGUGUAGGAAUUAAAAUCCUGAUGGUUUCUGCAGAAGAUGCUGACGAAGGGGUUAAUGGUGAAGUGUCAUACUUGAUUAUCGGUGAUGAGGAAAACUCAGCAAUAGACUUAUUCUCCAUAAAUCGUGUUUCUGGAGACAUCACUGUUGAAGCUAAUAUUGAUUAUGAGGAACAUCCUGCAGUUGAACUGCGAAUUCAGGCUCAGGACAAAGGACAUUCUCCAAGAAUGUCGAGAUGUAAAGUGUUAAUUGAAGUAGUGGAUGUGAAUGACAAUGCACCAGAGAUAUCAGUUACUCUUCUCAUGAGCUCUGUAAGCGAGGACAUCAAACCUGGUACAGAUGUUGCAUUAAUCACUGUAUCAGAUAAAGACAGUGGAGCGAAUGGUAAAGUAGAUUGUAAAAUUCUAGCACCGAGUCCUUUUAAAUUACAACUAUCAUAUAAAAACUCUUACGCUCUUGUUGUGAAUGAAGCUCUGGACAGAGAGCGGGUCUCCCAAUAUAAUGUCACAGUUCUAGCUAAUGAUGAGGGAACUCCUUCCCUCUCGAGCAGUAACGUUAUAACAGUUCAUGUCUCUGAUGUGAAUGAUAACGCGCCUUUAUUCCCUGCACCGGUCAUAAAUUUUAGCGUGAAAGAGAAUAGUCCAGUAGGAGUGCUGAUGGCAUCACUAACGGCACUAGAUUUAGACAUCGGUGAAAAUGCCCUUAUUUCGUAUUCAUUAAUUCAUGCAGAGGGCAGCAGAGUGUCAAAUCUGAUGAACAUUAACUCACACACCGGUGAACUGUACAGCCUGAAGUCUUUCGAUUACGAAGAAACCAAACGACUUCAGUUUAAAGUUCAAGCCACUGACUCUGGUGUCCCUCCACUAAGUAGUAACGUGACUGUGAACAUUUUUAUCCUGGAUGAGAAUGACAACAGUCCAGUUUUUCUCCCUCCUUAUUCUGAACCUGGAUCAGUAAACAGUGAGAACAUUCCCUACUCUGCUGAAGCGGGGCAUUUUGUGGCUAAAGUCAGAGCUGUAGACGCUGAUUCAGGUUAUAAUGCACUAUUAUCUUAUCACAUGACCGAACCAAAGGGAACGAAUCUCUUCCGAAUCGGAACCAGCACAGGAGAAAUAAGGACUAAAAGACGAAUGAGUGACAAUGACUUAAAAGCUCACCCGCUUAUCAUUACUGUCUCGGAUAAUGGAGAACCUUCACUGUCCACAACUAUGAGUAUUGAAGUUGUGGUUGUGGAAAAUAUGGACAGCGUGCAGCCUUCACUAAGACAAGUGCCCGUAAAGGAGGAGAAUUUUUCUAAUCUGAAUCUCUAUCUGCUCAUCGCUAUCGUCUCAGUGUCAGUGAUAUUUUUACUGAGCCUCAUCGCUUUAAUAGCAGCUAAAUGCUACGGGACAGACGGCGGUUUCAGCAGCUCCAGCGCUCCAGUGGUCACUACACACCCUGACGGGAGCUGGUCUUACUCUAAAUCCACUCAGCAGUAUGAUGUGUGUUUUAGUUCAGACACACUGAAGAGUGACGUAGUGGUUUUCCCUUCGCCGUUUCCGCCUGCAGACGCAGAGCUGAUCAGCAUUAAUGGUGGAGACACUUUUACUCGAAAUCAAACUCUUCCCAGCACUGGGAAGGUAAGACCAUGCAUAAUUUAGCCUCUUUCUAAUUUUUAAGCGUUUUAGUCUCUUGUUUACUCUGUGUUUUUGUUGUGCGUCAUUAAACCACUUGUGGCUUUGAUAGUAGCCUACACAAAGUUUUCCAAUGACACGUCCAUCUCACCUGAAUUUCAUCUGCUUUUACUUAUAAUUGUACGAGUUCUCUUAAAAGAGAUGAAGCUUGCUAUUUAGUUCUGCACAGUAUUGUUGUCGAUCUUCUGCGGGUCUGAAGUCAGUUGUCUAAUUCAUUAUGUCAGUUCUUAUCUGUUAAUUUUGAUGGAGAAAAGUUUUUCCACAGGGUUUGUUUUGGUGAUAGUGUUGAAGUCAUGUAUUCAUGUCGGAUUUGCUUUUAAAAGAAAUAUAAGCAGAGUUUUAAAGAACGUUUGUCGGGUUUCUUCCUGUUUUGAAUUUAAUUCAGCACCACAGAGUUGGACAGCGACACGUGUCACGACUUUACACGGUACUAUAUGGGAAACAUUGCUGAGAAAAAGCUUCAAAAUGGAGCAAAUGAAGCAAACGCAAGCGACACACAACGUAGCAAUUUAGAAACUUUUUACUGACUUGGUGAAAGAUUUUUAAUAUUUAUAAGACAGUGUCCUGAUAGUGCAGGAAAUUUUUGGCUUCUUCAGCCUGCACUGGCCCUGAUAGCUAACAAACUUCAAGCGGACGUCAUGAGUGCAUGCGGUCCUUAUCUAUUCCUGUGCGAUGGCAUCUCUCUUUUUUUCUCGACUGUGUUCUGGGCGGGUGCUUUAUAUGUUUCAUUUGUUUAAUGUCUUUUAAUGUUAUCCUUGCAUCUAAAUGUACAAUCCAAAACCAUCUACACUGGUUUUUCUAGGCAGAACCUUGGACCUCCUAUUAAAAGGAAAAAAGAUAAAUACUUUUUCCCAAACAUACUUUACUGUGCCUUUCAUAAAGAAAAGAUACCGAUAUAUCAUAUGGUACACAGACUCCCAGUAGCCCCUGCACAGUGAACUGUAAAAUUAUGUAUCCCCCAAGAUCAUAUGUAAAACCCAUGAUCAUUAAAAAGUAAUUCGUUUAU